AUGAGCCGCUGUCUGUCAGGACCUGAAAGUUGUCAUUACAAGAAGGUUCAGAGCACACCAGGUCCUUUCACUUCGGAAGGUGGGAGCAGCCCACCCCUCUCCUGCCUCUCUCCAUCCGAGAUGUGUGGUACCCGGUCAGCCUCAUGGACGGUCCCGGUUCCGCUGCAGCCUGUGGUCUUUGACAGAGAUAUGAUGGCACAUAAUGACUGUGAAAAUUAUCCAAGAGAGGCUGUUUACAGUAACAGCAAGGAGCAGCGUCCAACGGUGGCAAGGCAGGCGUCCGCAGCAAGUGUCAGACAGACGUUUGCCCUCGCUGGGAAGGCCCGGUGGAGCUGGCAGGCUUGCUCAGGAACCGAAGCAGAUGGGUGUUACAGCCUCUUGGCCAGCGAUGCAUUUCCAGCGUCUUGUGAUGACAUUGUGACUCUCACCAAGUUCAAGCCAUCGUGGUCAGAAGGGGAAGAAUGCAAUGGACCUUUAUGUGAAACUGUUUCUACUUCAGGAUCAGAAGUCCCAAGCAGCUCUGAGAGUGGAAGGAGAUAUAAUCUGUUCCUGAAGCGACGUCUCAGGAUUGAUAAAAGACAUCAAAGCAAAGAUUCUAUUUUCUUCAGGGACGGUGUCAGGAGAAUUGAUUUUGUUCUCUCCUAUGUGGAUGAUCUUAAUAAGGAAUGGGAAAAAAAGUUGGAAAGAAGAAAAGAAUUUGAGAGCAACCUGCAGAAGGCUGGUUUGGAACUAGAAACAGAAGACAAGAAGGAAUCUGAAGAUGGCAAGAUUUACUUUGUGAAGAUCCAUGCCCCAUGGGAAGUUCUGAUCACGUAUGCAGAAGUGCUGAACAUUAAAGUUCCCAUCAGGGAAAAUGACAUUCCCUCAAUGGUGGAGAACCCCCUGGAUUGUAUGCUUGCACCGCUCAGGCUUCCCGAGAAGGUGAUGCACCCUGAACCGGAUUAUUUCACAGCACCGUUCAGCAAGGACAAGCAGGAGCUUUACCUCAUUAAUGACGAGAGCACUUUCUUCUCACCAUCCAUGAGAAACAGAAUAGUUAAUUAUAUUCUUACACGUUGCCCGUAUGGAACAGAAGAAGGGAAGAAAAAAUUUGGGAUUAAGAGACUGCUAAAUAAUGGCACCUAUUCAGCUGCAUAUCCUCUUCAUGAUUGCCAGUAUUGGAAGAAGGCAAAUGAUCCAAACUGUGACAAUGAGAGAUACACGCUGUACAUGGAGUGGGCCCGGUUCCUGCGGUUCUACAAAGAACAGCCUUUGGACCUCAUCAGGAAGUACUAUGGGGAGAAGAUUGGAAUCUAUUUUGCCUGGCUAGGAUUUUACACUGAGAUGCUGUUCCUUGCAGCGGUUGUUGGCUUAAUCUGUUUUCUUUACGGCUUGUUUACAAUGGAUGAAAAUAUGAGCAGCAAAGAAAUCUGUGACCCUGCAAUUGGAGGAGAGAUCAUCAUGUGCCCUCUUUGUGACCGAGAGUGUGAGUACUGGAGGCUGAACACCACCUGCGCAUCCUCAGAGUAUUCGCAUUUGUUUGACAACGUGGCAACUCUCUUUUUUGCCAUUUUCAUGGGCAUAUGGGUUACACUUUUCUUGGAGUUUUGGAAGAGACGGCAAGCUAGACUGAAAUACGAGUGGGAUUUGGUUGAUUUUGAAGAGGAACAGCAACAACUCCAGCUGAGGCCUGAGUACGAGGCAAAAUGUACCCAGAAGAAGAAGAAUCCUGUAACUCAGGAGAUGGAGCCUUAUUUGCCUAUAACUAGCCAGGCUGUGCGGUUCUGCAUCUCGGGAACUACAGUGUUGUUCUGGGUGUCUCUGAUUAUAGCUAGCAUGAUAGCUGUGAUCGUGUAUCGUCUUGCUGUGUACGCUGCCUUCGCCAGCCUCAUGGAGAACACUCAAACCCUACAGCCCAUCAGCGGGUUACUGACCCCUCAGCUGGCAACUUCCGUCACGGCCUCAUGCCUGAACUUUGUCAUCAUCAUGAUACUGAAUUUCUUCUAUGAGAGAAUAGCCAUCUGGAUUACUGAUAUGGAGAUUCCCAGAACUCACAUGGAGUAUGAGAACAGGCUCACUAUGAAAAUGUUUCUGUUCCAGUUUGUCAACUACUAUUCAUCCUGCUUCUACGUGGCCUUCUUCAAAGGGAAGUUUGUUGGUUACCCAGGUGCCUACACAUACAUGUUUAAUCGCUGGCGAAAUGAAGAGUGUGAUCCUGCGGGCUGUUUGAUAGAACUGACGACACAGCUCACCAUAGUCAUGGCUGGCAAACAGAUCUGGGGAAAUAUCCAGGAGGCCAUUGUACCCUGGAUUUGUAACUGGUGGGGACGCCGGAAGGCCAGAAAUAAUCCAGAAAAUUUAUACAGUCGUUGGGAGCAAGACCAUGAUCUGCAGACAUUUGGACCCUUAGGCCUGUUCUAUGAAUAUCUAGAAAUGGUCAUUCAGUUUGGAUUCAUUACUCUCUUCGUGGCAUCCUUUCCCCUGGCUCCCCUUCUUGCUCUGAUGAAUAACAUCCUGGAGAUUCGAGUAGACUCCUGGAAAUUAACCACUCAGUUCAGGAGACCUGUGGCUGCGAAAGCACAUAGCAUAGGAGUUUGGCAAGAAAUCCUGAACGGAAUGGCCAUCUUGUCUGUUGUCACUAAUGCUUUUAUUGUUGCAUUCACGUCAGACAUGAUUCCUCGUUUAGUUUACUACUAUGCUUAUUAUGAAAAUGAAGACUCGCCUAUGUCUGGGUACAUCAACAAUAGUUUGUCAGUGUUUCAAAUCUCAGAUUUUCCUGACAGAAACAAGCCUAAACUGAAUCCAGAAAAUUUAGUCAUAUGCAGGUACAGAGACUAUCGAUAUCCUCCGGAUCAUGAGAGGAAAUAUUUACACUCGAUGCAGUUCUGGCACAUUCUCGCUGCAAAACUGGCCUUUAUAAUUAUUAUGGAGCAUGUUGUAUUCAUCGUCAAAUUUUUUGUAGCAUGGAUGAUUCCUGAUGUCCCUGCAGACGUGAAAGCCAAAAUAAAACGUGAAAAAUAUUUAACGCAGAAAAUCCUACAUGAGUAUGAACUUGAAAAACUGAAGGAGAGACUCUGUCAAGGUGAUAAACGAGCCACGGAAAAGGAGUUCAUCGCCACAGAAGGGAGAAUGGAGUUAUCCAGAGCACUGUAGUUGAAAAAACAACUGUGUGGGAUUUAGCUCAUUUUGGCUUUCUUACCUGUAAUUUGCUCAGUAUGCAUCAUCUUGAAAGCUAUGGAACGGUUUCAACCCAUUGCUUUCAGUCC